ACGUAUGAAAAGUGAAAUAUGUAAUAAAAUGUUUGCUUAAAUGAGAACCUUUAAAACUUAUAAAGCAAUGAUAUAGUCGUUUCAUGCUCUGUUCAGUGCUUCACCUACUCGCGUAAGUAACGUGCGUCAGAAUAUGAUUCAGCUGGAAGAUUUAAUACAAGAUAUUGGCGAAUGUGGUAGAUAUCAAGUUAUUUUAGGGCUUAUUGUCCACUCAAUGAAAUGUGUCGCCUGCUUUAGCACAUUUUUAAUGGUUUAUGGUGCUGUUACACCGGAUUGGUGGUGUGUUCACGAUAUUGGUGGAUUAGCCAACUAUACAUCUGAAGAGAUACCUUCGAAGGCUUGUAGCCUAGGAAACGGAACGGCGCCAUGUACUCAUUUCAAAUUUGAGGACACUGCUCAUACAGUUGUUACCAAGUGGAAUCUUGUGUGUGACAAUGACUGGGUUCCUUCUACUAUUACCUCUUUGCAAAUGGCAGGAGUAUUUGUGGGCAAUGUAGCAUGCGGGCACGUAGCUGAUCUUGUAGGAAGAAAACCACCAUUUUUCCUAGCGUUACUGACACUUAUCAUAUCAAACGUAAUUGCUGCCUUCUCGACGUCAUGGAUAAUGUUUGCCGUUUUACGUUUCUUCAUUGGACUUGGGAUAGGAUUUCAAUUUACUGUACAGUAUAAUAUUGUGUCUGAAUUUACUCUUGCGAGAUGGCGUACAUGGAUUGUUGCGAUGCCGUCCUGGGCUAUAGAGGUUACCAUAUUUGCUUUGGUAUCUUGGCUAGUCAAUGACUGGCAACGUCUUCAUUUCGUGACUGCGGCGAUAGGUGUGCCUUUUCUUGCGGCUUAUUGGUUCGUCCCAGAAAGUUUCAGAUGGUAUGUUAGCCACAAUCGCAUUAAAGAUGCCGAAAAUGUUAUCAAAAGGGUGGCAAGAGUGAACGGAAAACAACCUCCCGACAUGUCUAUAAUUAGCCAAAUGGACAUGUCAGUUACGUCACAACUGAAAGACAGGAAGUAUUCUUUGUUUGAUGUCCUGAAAAACAAGAACUCGCGAAAAUAUACUCUUCUGCUAGCGUUUGUUUGGAUGACACUGGGUUUGGCCGAGUAUGGUAUGCAGUUUGGUCUGUCGGCCCUCUCUGGAAAUAUUUAUAUCAAUAUGUUUGUCAUUGGCUUGAUUGGUAGUCCUGCUCAGCUUAUACAGAUUCCACUCCAAAACAGAUUUGGCCGAAAGAAAACAGCGACACUUUUCUUCGUGAUAUGCGCUGUAUUUGCUUUUGUCGUAGCUAUUACACAUUAUUUCCCAGAGACAAAAGUCCGCAACCAACUUUCCAAUGUUGCCGCUAUAGUGUCUCUCACGGCUAUAAAUGCUUGCUGGUCACCGAUACAGACAUUGACUAUUGAACUAUACCCGACAGUUGUAAGAAAUAUUGGAUACGGAUUCCUAAAUACUAUGGCGAGACUUGGUGCCAUCAUUGGACCUCAGCUUGUUUUCCUAGACACGAAGGUGGCAGGAAUGAUGUACUGGAUCUGUGGCGUUACUGCUGUGGUCUCAAUCUUUGUCCUAUUGCCAAUACCAGAAACACGAGGGGUUGAUCUAACGGACAAACUAAACAAGACUGACCGAGUGAAAGCUGCGAUGGGCAAAACUGUCGAAAUGGAAGUACUUCAUAAAGAAUCAUUUUCCAGUUCUACAGAACUCUGAAAUGUGUAGUUUCAUCACGCAUAUGUACUGUUUUAAUGAGUAAACAUGAGAACUGUU